AUGGCCGUAGGCAAAGGUUUCAAGCUCUUUCAUACCCUUUUCUUAGUGAUUUCUUGGCAAUAUUGUGCGAAAGUGGGUGCCACUUUUAGUGAUGUCACCGGUGUCGUAAAUCUCGAUCAUAAAUUUUCAUUUCGUGCCUUUGCAUCACAUGACACACAAGCACCAGCGCUAGCACCAAUUGGAAGUAGCACAGAAGUCCUAGUUGAUGCACCAUUUGGAAGCAUCACUAAAACUCCUAAGACUUUAACCUCCGAUGGAAGCAUUGCUCUAACCCCGGAGGCUCCAUGGGACGGAAGCAUUGCUCUAACCCCGGAGGCUCCAUGGGAUGGAAGCAUUGCUCUAACCCCAGAGGCUCCAAGGGAUGGAAGCGUUGCACUAACACCGGAGGCUCCAAGGGAUGGAAGCGUUGCACUAACACCGGAGGCUCCAAGGGAUGGAAGCGUUGCACUAACACCGGAGGCUCCAAGGGAUGGAAGCGUUGCACUAACACCGGAGGCUCCAAGGGAUGGAAGCGUUGCACUAACACCGGAGGCUCCAAGGGAUGGAAGCGUUGCACUAACACCGGAGGCUCCAAGGGAUGGAAGCGUUGCACUAACACCGGAGGCUCCAAGGGAUGGAAGCGUUGCACUAACACCGGAGGCUCCAAGGGAUGGAAGCGUUGCACAAACCCCAGAGGAUGCAUCAGAUGGAAGCGUUGCACAAACCCCAGAGGAUGCAUCGGAUGGAAGCGUUGCACAAACCCCAGAGGAUGCAUCGGAUGGAAGCGGUGAAUCGGAUGGAAGCGAUGCACAAACCCCGGAGGGUGAAUCGGAUGGAAGCGAUGCACAAACCCCGGAGGGUGAAUCGGAUGGAAGCGAUGCACAAACCCCGGAGGGUGAAUCGGAUGGAAGCGAUGCACAAACCCCGGAGGGUGAAUCGGAUGGAAGCGAUGCACAAACCCCGGAGGGUGAAUCGGAUGGAAGCGAUGCACAAACCCCGGAGGGUGAAUCGGAUGGAAGCGAUGCACAAACCCCGGAGGGUGAAUCGGAUGGAAGCGAUGCACAAACCCCGGAGGGUGAAUCGGAUGGAAGCGAUGCACAAACCCCGGAGGGUGAGGAUGGAAGCGAUGCACAAACCCCAGAGGGUGAGGAUGGGAGCGAUGCACAAACCCCGGAGGCUGCAUCGGAUGGGAGCGAUGCACAAACCCCGGAGGCUGCAUCGGAUGGGAGCGAUGCACAAACCCCCGAGGCUGCAUCGGAUGGGAGCGAUGCACAAACCCCCGAGGCUGCAUCGGAUGGGAGCGAUGCACAAACCCCCGAGGCUGCAUCGGAUGGGAGCGAUGCUCAAACCCCCGAGGCUGCAUCGGAUGGGAGCGAUGCACAAACCCCCGAGGCUGCAUCGGAUGGGAGCGAUGCACAAACCCCCGAGGCUGCAUCGGAUGGGAGCGAUGCACAAACCCCCGAGGCUGCAUCGGAUGGGAGCGAUGCACAAACCCCCGAGGCUGCAUCGGAUGGGAGCGAUGCACAAACCCCCGAGGCUGCAUCGGAUGGGAGCGAUGCACAAACCCCCGAGGCUGCAUCGGAUGGGAGCGAUGCACAAACCCCCGAGGCUGCAUCGGAUGGGGGCGUUGCUCUAACGCCGGAGGCUGCAUUGGAUGGGGGCGUUGCUCUAACGCCGGAGGCGGCAUCGGAUGGGGGCGUUGCUCUAACGCCGGAGGCGGCAUCGGAUGGGGGCGUUGCUCUAACGCCGGAGGCGGCAUCGGAUGGGGGCGUUGCUCUAACGCCGGAGGCGGCAUCGGAUGGGGGCGUUGCUCUAACGCCGGAGGCGGCAUCGGAUGGGGGCGUUGCUCUAACGCCGGAGGCGGCAUCGGAUGGGGGCGUUGCUCUAACGCCGGAGGCGGCAUCGGAUGGGGGCGUUGCUCUAACGCCGGAGGCGGCAUCGGAUGGGGGCGUUGCUCUAACGCCGGAGGCGGCAUCGGAUGGGGGCGUUGCUCUAACGCCGGAGGCGGCAUCGGAUGGGGGCGUUGCUCUAACGCCGGAGGCGGCAUCGGAUGGGGGCGUUGCUCUAACGCCGGAGGCGGCAUCGGAUGGGGGCGUUGCUCUAACGCCGGAGGCGGCAUCGGAUGGGGGCGUUGCUCUAACGCCGGAGGCGGCAUCGGAUGGGAGCAUUGCUCUAACGCCGGAGGCGGCAUCGGAUGGGAGCAUUGCUCUAACGCCGGAGGCGGCAUCGGAUGGGAGCAUUGCUCUAACGCCGGAGGCGGCAUCGGAUGGGAGCAUUGCUCUAACGCCGGAGGCGGCAUCGGAUGGGAGCAUUGCUCUAACGCCGGAGGCGGCAUCGGAUGGGAGCAUUGCUCUAACGCCGGAGGCGGCAUCGGAUGGGAGCAUUGCUCUAACGCCGGAGGCGGCAUCGGAUGGGAGCAUUGCUCUAACGCCGGAGGCGGCAUCGGAUGGGAGCAUUGCUCUAACGCCGGAGGCGGCAUCGGAUGGGAGCAUUGCUCUAACGCCGGAGGCGGCAUCGGAUGGGAGCAUUGCUCUAACGCCGGAGGCGGCAUCGGAUGGGAGCAUUGCUCUAACGCCGGAGGCGGCAUCGGAUGGGAGCAUUGCUCUAACGCCGGAGGCGGCAUCGGAUGGGAGCAUUGCUCUAACGCCGGAGGCGGCAUCGGAUGGGAGCAUUGCUCUAACCCCGGAGGCGGCAUCGGAUGGGAGCAUUGCUCUAACCCCGGAGGCGGCAUCGGAAGGGAGCAUUGCUCUAACCCCGGAGGCGGCAUCGAAAGGGAGCACCAUUGCACCAAGUAAAAGCGUUGCUCUAACCCCAACCAUUGCACCAAGUAGCACACAAGCUUAG